UCUUUCUAAGCUGGGUCCCUCUGAAUCGCCUCUGUGGGGUUUUUGGGGCUGCAGUGGUUGGCGAAGGCUGGAAGCAGCUAGGGGCAGACAUGCGAGCCAGGAUUCUCUAGCUGCCCAGCCUGAGGCAGUGGGGCCUAAUGAAUGGGGGGAAGGGGGACGUUUUGUUUUAGGCGCAGACAUCAGGAUAUGUAGCUUUUAUUCCGAGCGCUGCCGUGAACUCACUCAGUGGGAUGGGGAGUUGUCACCCAGGAGGCCGGGCGUCUGCAGGGCUGAAUUUGCUAACGCUUGUUAAACGCUGAGAGAUCCUCUGCUGUAAGGAGCUACGCAAGUGUCGGGUUGUUAGACAGGAGGCACCUGUGGAGCCAUUUCUCUGUCCUGCGCUCAGAAUGUGACUCACCUCUUUGUGCCACAUCUCAUUACUUCAGUUCUGUGCAGCACGGCUUCUAGGGAGCACUCCUCUCAUAACCCCCAGCCGUUCUCAGGCGGAUCACAGAGCGCUCGACAAAACAGCACAGCUGCAUUACCCCGUUUUACAGAUGGGGAAACUGAGGCACGGGGCGGGGAAGUGACGUGCCAAGCACGCCUGAGGGCAGAGCUCUCAGCACUAGACCACAGUAUCACUUCGUACACGACGAAUAAAACAGCAACGUCCAGGGAGGUGGGACUAGUGAUCUCGGCAAAACCCAGCAUCUCUGAGCUCUGGCCAUUUGCAGCCAUCUCAGCCACCGUGCUGUGGGAAAGGCUGCUUCUACUGCUCAGCAGGAUUUCUCUGGCCCUCGCGCUGAUUUCUGUGGGCGGCUGUCACUGGGGUGUGUGUGAGUGAAACACCACGAUGUAGCAGAGCUGUUAUCUCAGCCUCCCUCCCUUAAUAGACUGAAUCCUCCUUUUUCCUGUCUCCCUUCCCGUCCUCCCUCUCCCUCCCCAGCCCCAGCGUACACGCUCUCUCUUUCCUUCUCGUGCCUCCAAGUCUUUAAAAAGAGCUGCCAGAUCCCACCGGGUCUGGCAGCUGGACCGAACCGCCUGAGAUCAUGGCGCCGGCAUGGCAGCCCCUGCCCCGAAUCCUCACCAAGGCUUUGCUGGCGUCCGUCCUCCUGGCUGAGAACUUCUCCCUGGCGGGAGCCUUGGAAACGGUGCCGGAAAGCAACGUGAGCUGCCAAGGGUCCAACACGUGCCACCCAGGGGUGCUGCUGCCUGUCUGGCAGCCGGACAACCCCUCCUUCGGCGACAAAGCUGCACGGGCCAUAGUCUACUUCGUGGCCAUGAUGUACAUGUUCCUGGGGGUCUCCAUCAUCGCCGACCGCUUCAUGGCCUCCAUCGAGGUCAUCACCUCCAAGGAGAAGGAAAUCACCGUCACCAAGGCCAACGGCGAGACCAGCAUCGGCACGGUGCGGAUCUGGAACGAGACGGUCUCCAACCUGACCCUGAUGGCGCUGGGCUCCUCCGCACCCGAGAUCCUGCUCUCUGUCAUCGAGGUGUGUGGGCACAACUUCCAAGCCGGGGAGCUGGGGCCCGGCACCAUUGUGGGCAGCGCCGCCUUCAACAUGUUCGUGGUGAUCGCCAUCUGCGUUUACGUCAUCCCCGCCGGGGAGAGCCGCAAAAUCAAGCACCUGCGAGUCUUCUUUGUCACGGCCUCCUGGAGCAUCUUCGCCUACAUCUGGCUCUAUCUGAUCCUGGCGGUCAUCUCCCCGGGCGUGGUCCAGAUCUGGGAAGCUCUGCUGACGCUCGUCUUCUUCCCGGUCUGCGUGGUCUUUGCCUGGAUCGCCGACAAGCGGCUCUUCUUCUACAAGUACGUGUACAAGAGGUAUCGUGCCGACCCGCGGAGCGGCAUCAUCAUCGGCACCGAAGGGGAGUUCCCCAAGGACAUCGAGAUGGAUGGCAGCUUCCUGGCCAAUGACCACCGGGAGAACGUCUUCAUGGACGGGGCGGCUUCCGCGUCCCCGGCCCUGGCCUCCUCCACCCAAGAGGAGAAAGAGCUGGAUGAGAGCCGCAGGGAGGUGAUCCAGAUCCUCAAGGACCUCAAGCAGAAGCACCCGGACAAAGAGCUGGAACAGCUGGUGGAAAUGGCCAACUACUACGCCCUGCUGCACCAGCAGAAGAGCCGAGCUUUCUACCGCAUCCAAGCCACCCGCAUGAUGACCGGGGCUGGGAACAUCCUGAAGAAGCACGUCUCGGAGUUCUCCAAGAAGUCGUCCAACCUUCUGGAGGUGCCGUCGGAGGUGGAGGAGGAGAACUACAGCAAGAUCUUCUUCGAGCCCUGCCUGUACCACUGCCUGGAGAACUGCGGCUCGGUCACGCUAACCGUGGCCUGCCAGCAGGGUGGGGAGGGCAACCACACCUUCUACGUGGACUACAAGACGGAGGACGGCUCGGCCAAGGCGGGCUCUGACUACGAAUAUAGCGAGGGGACACUGAUCUUCAAGCCGGGCGAGACGCAGAAGGAGCUGAAGAUUGGCAUCAUUGACGACGACAUCUUUGAGGAAGACGAGCACUUCUUUGUCCGCUUGCUCAACCUGCGGGUGGGGGACGCCGAGGGCAUGUUCGAGUCUGACUCGGCUGACCACCCCAAGGGGCGGCUGGUGGCCCCGCUGAUCGCUACCGUCACCAUCCUGGAUGACGACCAUGCCGGCAUCUUCACCUUCCAGGACAAGCUGUUGCGUGUCAGCGAGUGCCAGGGCACCAUGGAGGUGAAGGUGGUGCGGAGCUCUGGGGCACGGGGGACGGUGAUGGUCCCCUAUCGGACGGUGGAGGGGACGGCUCGCGGAGCGGGCAUCGACUACGAAGACGCCUGCGGGGAGCUAGAAUUCAAGGACGACGAGACGGUGAAAAGCCUGCAGGUGAAGAUUGUGGACGAUGAAGAGUAUGAGAAGAAGGACAACUUCUUCAUCGAGCUGGGCCAGCCGCGCUGGCUGAAACGGGGCAUCUCGGCUCUCUUGCUAACUCAAGCCGACGGGGACAAGAAGCUCUCGGCAGAGGAGGAGGAAGCCUGGAGGAUCGCCGAGAUGGGCAAGCCGAUCCUGGGGGAGAACUGCCGGCUGGAAGUCAUCAUCGAGGAGUCGUAUGACUUUAAGAACACCGUGGACAAGCUGAUAAAGAAAACCAACCUGGCCCUGGUCAUCGGCACCCACUCCUGGAGGGAGCAGUUCCUGGACGCCAUCACUGUGAGCGCAGGUGACGAGGAAGAGGAGGAGGACGGGCGGGAGGAGAAGCUCCCGUCCUGCUUCGACUACGUCAUGCACUUCCUGACGGUGUUCUGGAAGGUGCUGUUUGCCUGCGUGCCGCCCACCGAGUACUGGAACGGCUGGGCCUGCUUCAGCGUCUCCAUCCUGGUGAUCGGGCUCCUCACCGCCCUCAUUGGGGACCUGGCCUCCCACUUCGGCUGCACCGUGGGCCUCAAGGACUCUGUCAACGCCGUGGUCUUUGUGGCCCUGGGCACCUCCAUCCCGGACACCUUUGCCAGCAAGGUGGCCGCCCUGCAGGACCAAUGCGCCGACGCCUCCAUCGGCAACGUGACGGGGAGCAAUGCGGUGAACGUGUUCCUGGGCCUGGGCGUGGCCUGGUCGGUGGCCGCCAUCUACUGGGCCGCGCAGGGCCAGGACUUCCAGGUGCAGACGGGCACCCUGGCCUUCUCCGUCACCCUCUUCACCAUCUUCGCCUUCGUCUGCAUCAGCGUGCUCAUGUACCGCCGCCGGCCAAGCAUCGGGGGCGAGCUGGGGGGCCCCCGGCCGGCCAAGCUCCUCACCGCCGGCCUCUUCCUGGGCCUCUGGUUCCUCUACAUCCUCUUCUCCAGCCUCGAAGCCUAUUGCCACAUCCGGGGCUUCUGAGCCAGCGUCGCCGGGGGGGGCACUGACCCCCGUCCCCUUUGCCCAGAGACACUGUUGGGGGGGUCCUGCUCCAUCCCAGCACCCAGAUCUUUGAGUGUCCUCUUUUGUUUUUGUAGGGUCUGCGUGGAACCAGGAGCUGCCCCCGAAUCUGUCAUGGGUGCAGCCAUUAUAUGGGGGGAUGAGCCCCCCCUAAUUUUUAGCACCUCAUCGAUGUCACGUCCCCCCCAUGAACAAUCCCCAUGAACAUUGGAUCUGGCACAGCCCCCCCAGCUUAUAGGGGGUGCUUGGAUGCGAGUGUGUCCCCAGGAGCUGGCGAGGUUUGGGGGGAUUGGAGGGGA